UUCAGGGAGUUUGGCCGCUGGAAAGUAAAUAACCUUGCAGUAGAGAGAAGAAAUUUCCUUGGCUCCCCCCUGCCUCUUGCCCCUGAAUUCUUCCGCAACAUAAGACUUUUGGGACGUCGACCUACCCUUCAGCAAAUCACAGAAAAUCUAAUCAAGAAAUAUGGGACUCAUUUCUUGCUAUCUGCUACUCUGGGAGGAGAGGAGUCACUCACAAUUUUUGUGGACAAGCGGAAGCUGAGCAAGCGAGCUGAAGGGAGCGAUUCCAACGCCAACAGCUCUUCUGUCACUCUGGAGACUCUCCAUCAACUUGCUGCCUCCUACUUCAUUGACAGGGACAGCACUCUUAAGAGACUUCACCACAUACAAAUUGCAUCCACUGCUAUAAAGGUAACAGAAACACGGACGGGUCCUCUUGGCUGCAGUAACUAUGACAACCUAGAUUCUGUCAGCUCUGUUCUUGUUCAGAGUCCUGAGAAUAAGAUUCAGUUACAAGGGCUUCAAGUGCUCCUUCCAGACUAUCUUCAGGAGCGUUUUGUGCAAGCAGCUUUGAGCUAUAUUGCUUGCAAUUCAGAGGGAGAGUUUAUCUGCAAGGAUAAUGACUGCUGGUGUCACUGUGGUCCCAAAUUUCCAGAAUGCAACUGCCCCUCCAUGGACAUUCAAGCCAUGGAAGAGAAUCUUCUUCGAAUAACUGGAACAUGGAAAGCCUACAACAGUGACUUCGAGGAAUCAGAUGAAUUCAAGUUCUUUAUGAAAAGGCUCCCCAUGAAUUAUUUCCUCAACACAUCAACCAUAAUGCACUUGUGGACAAUGGAUUCUAAUUUUCAACGCCGCUAUGAACAACUGGAAAACAGCAUGCAACAACUGUUCAUAAAGGCACAGAAGAUUGUGCAUAAGCUCUUCAGCCUUAGUAAGAGGUGCCACAAACAGCCGCUCAUCAGCUUGCCAAGACAACGAACCUCAACCUAUUGGCUCACGCGCAUCCAGUCUUUUCUCUACUGCAAUGAAAAUGGCCUCCUGGGCAGCUUCUCGGAAGAGACACACUCGUGCACCUGUCCCAGUGACCAGGUGGUCUGCACCUCCUUCCUGCCCUGCACAGUGGGCGACGCCUCCGCCUGCCUCACCUGCGCACCUGACAACCGCACGCGCUGCGGCGCCUGCAACACAGGCUACAUGCUGAGCCAGGGCCUCUGCAAGCCCGAAGUCGCCGAGUCCACUGACCAUUACAUUGGCUUUGAGACUGACCUGCAGGACGUCGAGAUGAAAUACCUGUUGCAGAAAACGGACCGGCGCAUAGAGGUCCAUGCCAUCUUUAUCAGCAAUGACAUGCGCCUCAACAGCUGGUUCGAUCCCUCCUGGCGCAAGCGGAUGCUGCUCACCUUAAAGAGCAACAAGUACAAGUCGAGCCUGGUGCACAUGAUCUUGGGGCUCUCCUUACAGAUAUGCCUAACUAAAAACAGCACCUUGGAGCCAGUGUUGGCUGUCUAUGUCAAUCCCUUCGGAGGCAGCCACUCUGAGAGCUGGUUCAUGCCUGUGAACGAAAACAGCUUUCCAGACUGGGAGCGGACUAAGUUGGACCUCCCUCUGCAGUGCUACAACUGGACGCUCACUCUGGGGAACAAGUGGAAGACGUUCUUUGAGACAGUGCACAUCUACUUGAGGAGUCGCAUUAAAUCCAACGGCCCCAAUGGCAAUGAGAGCAUUUACUAUGAACCUCUGGAGUUUAUUGACCCUUCCCGGAACCUGGGCUACAUGAAAAUCAACAACAUUCAAGUGUUUGGCUAUAGCAUGCAUUUUGAUCCUGAAGCAAUUCGGGACCUGAUUUUGCAGCUGGACUACCCCUAUACUCAGGGAUCCCAGGACUCAGCACUUUUGCAGUUACUAGAGAUAAGAGACCGUGUAAAUAAACUCUCCCCACCUGGUCAGCGUCUUCUAGAUCUUUUCUCUUGCUUGCUUCGUCAUAGACUCAAGCUGUCUACUAGCGAGGUGGUGAGGAUCCAAUCCGCCCUGCAGGCGUUUAAUGCCAAAUUGCCAAACACAGUGGAUUAUGACACGACCAAAUUAUGUAGUUAACCAUAAAAGUCAAGCACAACCCAAAAUCUUGGAGGAGUUUUUACAGUGCUUUUGUGGAACAGUUUAUGUUUGGAAGAGUAAAUUUAAAUUGUCUUUUCAAUAUCUGUCUUAUAUCCGUCAAUAACAUUGGAUGGCAAUUUACACACGUGAACUUGCUGGCAAUGAAUAUAUUACACUAAAGUUUUGGUUUAUGAAUGAAAUAAAUACUGACACCAGUCUAGAAGACGUUCUACUUUUUACAAUAAAUUUCAUUUGUAAUUUUA